AUGGCAUGGUCUUCAUACAACGUCCCCCCAAACGCUUCCAGCGCGCCUGGUCAAAAUCAGGGUGCUAGGGAUGCUUAUCCCCCCUAUGGGUCUGCUGCUCAUCAGUACCCUCCCUCUCUGGCGACAGAACCGUCGAUGUUCCCUGAGAACCAUCUUCCGUAUAAUACUCCCAUGCAGCAUCCCUCCGCGCCAGUCCACCCCAAGUACAACAUGCCUUUUAUCCUGACCCAUACCGACUUUGAUUCUCCCAAUCACAAUACGGUACACAAUCCCUCGAUCGAGAACAAUAGAUCUGGGGAGCUCUCUCCCAUGAGCUAUCUCAGCUCUGGACUCAGUACUGCAUGCACCACACCAUCGGGAUCGAGAUCAUCCACUCCCGCCAUGCAAGAGAUACCCCAAUCAGGUCUUGGUGGUCAUGAAAUGCAGACCACCUAUCGUGCUGCCCGAACACUCAGACCGGGACACGAGUAA